AUGGCGCCAGAAGUCAUUGAAGGACAGGCGUAUGAUGGGAGAUGCGACUGGUGGAGCAUUGGCAUCAUUUUGUACGAGUGUCUGUACGGCCACACGCCCUUCCUUGCUGAGGAGGGUCGGCAGGAAACGAAGGAGAAUAUCACUAAUUUCCAAUCUCGCUUCUUCUUCCCACAACAGCCUCAUGUCUCCGACAAAGGUCAGGAUUUACUACUGAAGCUGAUCCGGCAGAGGAGCGACCGUCUGUGCUCCCGGAGAUACGAGCUGAAAGACAACGGUCAGCUGGAUGCUGGGAUGUCAACAGACUUUUUCGGGCGCCACGUCUUCGCGGAUGACGGCGAGGACAUCAAGGCUCAUCGUUGGUUCAGAAACGUGCCAUGGGACGAGCUGCACAUGCUGAAAGCUCCCUUUGUCCCUCGAGUGGACGGCCCGGAAGACACGCGGUACUUUGACGAGUCAGACACCGGCGCUGAUUUGACCAAUGCGCGCGAAAAGCGAGCACUCACACCAGCGGAGGUCAGAUGCGUUCUAGAGGAGUGCCAUCCCGCAACACGGAACUUGGCGGUCGACUUGGUCUCCAAACCUGCUGGUGAAGCCAACCUUCGCGACGUUGACCAGCAGAUUGAGGAUGCACUGGAUGUUCCUCUUGACGAGAAGUCGCUACUCAAGCGCUUCGUAAGGGAAUGUGGUCCGAAAGAACGCAAGAGACCACGCGACAAGAUCCUCCGAGACCCUAAAACCAGGGAUGUGGCUCUGGACAUCAGGAAGAAAACGGCGUUUUCCGGUUACACCUGGAAGCGAAUGACGCCGAGGACGUAUGUGGGAUUGUUGUGA